AUGGAGGCCAUGGAUUUCGUCCGACGCGCAAUCGAACCCAAUGAAAACGGUUGGCCAUUUGGAACCAAUGGGUUAAAAUCUGGUCAAUGGAGGUCGAAUCACACAUCGACGGUUUCUAUCGUAUACGACCAACCGACAAUAUUAGUUCCUUGGCCAUGGCUCCUCGUCAGCUUCACCCUAUCAUUCUUAGUAGCAUUAUGGGGGUAUUAUUCGACAUUAAAACAACGAAAUGAAGCCAGAGGCGAAAAUUUAAGAGCAAAGAUUACACUUACAAUAUUACUUUUAACGACGGUUCGAUCGAUAGCGACGUUUAUCCUUACUAUCAAGACUUUCCUACCAGAGCCAAACCGCUAUCCGCCAGCCUCUGCCAUCGCUGCACUAUUCAUUUCCACUCUUUCGAGCGCUCUAGAUUGCGGGCUACUCUCCGCUCGGUUCUAUGGAGCUGUCUUUAAGAGAAUCGCCCAGCUAAAUGCAUGGAUAACUUUUGCAUCAGUGGUAAUGACGUUCAUAUUACCCUUUGUCAAAGGCGCAUUCGAGUAUGGAUACUACAGUCUCACGGGUGGCAACUGUCCGGUAGCUGUAUGGAUGUGUCCGCUACAACCUUCAGUCGUUGGAUGUCCCGACGAUUUCGCCACUCGAACAAACUCACAGAGAGCAGAGUUCUGGGGCGCUACGGUUCGAAAUGUGGAUAACCUCGCCCUGACGGUUACAUUCACAUCUCCUUCCGAACUAGCUCUUGCAGUUCUUGCAAUCUUACUCGGAGCUUAUAUCACAAUUUCCGGGUUUCACCUCAUUAGCCAAACAAGGGAUCUCAUCGAGUAUGUCUGGAAUUAUCGCCAAGAGGUGGAACGAAAGAAGGCUAGGGAACAAGAAGCCAACUCUGAGGAACUGUACUUCGUCGGUUCCCUCAAGCGGGAGAAACCAAAGGCGCCAAUUCGAAAGGAUGCAUCUGUAUUCAUCCUUCUCUCCAUCCUAGUUUUCACCUUCGUCUCGGUUCCACUUCAUGCAUACCAAGAAUCGAAGCCAAAGGAUAUCAUUAUCGUCGACGGAUUCGGGAAGAAAGAUACCGUAAGGAAAGAAUCAGCGGGUCCGAAGUUUAGAGAGCAGGUGCAGAAGCAAAUUUCGGGAGAGAAUACGGAUGCAUCAAGUUGGGUAGAUUGCUACACGCUAGGGGCACCGUCGUCGAAAGACGGUUUCAUGAAAACUUGGAUUGAACUUCAGAAAAGGGAACCUUUGACUUUCCUAGCUAUGUUAUAA